GAAUAUGGUGAUCAUCCACCUGAUGUUUUGGAGAAAUCACGGCCAAGAACGCAGGUUCUGGCAGGUCAGAAGACUCGCAAAUGAGUGCUCAUGCUGAUAUGUGAUGGCAAGUUUAUACUCAUGGUUUACUUCUGUGAAACCUGCAAGGAUGCUUCCAGUCUAAUAAAUGCGAGUUUGCUCUCCACUUGCUGUAGCUCCUAACACUUCCUAUUCUCGAAAGUCUUCUCUUCGUUGCUGCCGCAGCAUCAUGUCACAUCCAGUUGCGGAGAAUUCGAAAUCUAAUGGAACUGACUGGAAGAAACUGCGCAUUAUCUGCUCGCAGUCUAUCUCACGCUUCACCAGCAGGAGUGCCACUUCAGGCAAUGAUUCUGAUGAAUCAAAAAUUGUCCCGGGUCUUACAGCGAGUAGCACUGACUCUGAAUCGCCCUGUAUUGUCUCGCCUUCUGGGUCAUCUUUCAGUUUCGAGGACCUUGGACUCCCGGUUGCAUGUGAUGACCCUCAUUACGAGGAUGAUCUUCGUUCACCACUGACGCAAACUUUCCUAAAACCAUACGUUGACUUCAAAAAAUACCAUGAUGAACCUGAGGAUCUCACGGCUUACAUUUCACGCACCGAUGAUUUCCCCUACAGUUGUGGCGGAUUCGGCAACGUCUGGAAAUGCAAAUUGACAAAUUCCUUCCUCCGAAACGGUACCAAAAUACUCCCGCGAAACGUCGCAGUCAAGGCUUUCAGAGUGCCAUCGAGGAAACCAGAAGACCUAAAUAAAUUGAUCAAGAAAUUACGUCAGGAAGUCUUUGUUUGGAGACAGCUGGAACACUCGCACAUAGUGCCUUUGUAUGGCACUACGGAAAAAUAUGAAAUUAUCCCAGCACUAGUGUGUCCAUGGAUGAAAAACGGUUCUCUCCAUCAAUAUCUGGGUACAAUGCGGCGUGAGCAGUCGCCACCUGAAAUGCAUCGUCUUUUUCUUCUUCUCCUCCAAGUCAUUUUAGGUCUGCAGUAUCUGCAUUCUAAAGAUAUUGUACACGGAGACCUCAUGCCUCCUAAUGUUCUGAUCGAUGAGAACGGGGAUGCUCUACUUGCAGACUUUGGUCUGUCGUGCCUGCUGGCAGAUCAUGAGACAUCUUUCUUCGCAUCUCACAGCUCAGGCGCAACUCGUUGGGCUGCUCCAGAAAUUAUACCGCUUGAUACCGAAAGGCUGGACGAGUGUGUUAGCAAGCCAAAUAAAGCGAGUGACAUCUAUUCAUUUGGUUGCAUCAUGAUGCAGGUGCUAUCUAACUGCUCCCCGUACUUCGACAUGAAGACAGAGUCUCUUGUCGUUAUGGCCAAAUCUAAAGGCAUUCUACCAACACGACCCGCAUCGCCUGUAAUUGCGGAUGUUCACUGGUGCUAUAUUGAACGAUGUUGGUCGACGCAGAUUGAGAUGCGGCCUUCGGUCGAUGAAGUUCUGGACUAUAUAAAGGGAGAGCAUGACAAAUUUAAACAGAGUUAGCUGUUCCUGCUAGUGAUACAAACGAGUUGAUCUCGAACACCACAUUUUCUCGUGUCCUGACAUUCAAGUUGUUGAUGGCAAUUUCAUGAUGACAUUCGGUUC